UCUCUCUCUCUCUCUCUCUCUCUCUCUCUCUCUCUCUCUCUCUCUCUCUCUCUCUCUCUCUCUCUCUCUCUCUCGCUCGCUCGCUCGCUCUCUCUCUCUCUCUCUCUCUCUCUCUCUCUCUCUCUCUCUCUCUCUCGCCUUCUAUUUCUCUCUCUCCCUCUUCUCAGUCCAAUUGUGUGUUGUAGGGCUCCUCCUAUCUCGUUGUCUCCCUGCUGGAUGUAUAGACAGUCAUCGGUGCCCACAGUCCCUUUACCUCCUAUUCCCUUCAGUCAAAGAAUGGAAUGUCUGAAAGGGCUUCGGUUUAUAAAGAAUGAAAUUGUUAUAUUUUUCACCCCGUUAAUCCUUCUUCCAUUGCCUUUGGUGAUCGGGACCAAGGAAGCAGGAUGUGCUUAUGUGAUCAUCCUCAUGGCAGUGUUCUGGUGCACGGAGGCCUUGCCGCUGGCUGUCACUGCUUUACUCCCAGCUCUCCUCUUCCCUCUGUUUGGAGUCAUGAAAUCACAAGACGUGUGUAUGCAGUACCUUAAGGACACCAACAUGUUGUUCGUGGGGGGUCUGAUGGUGGCAGUGGCCGUAGAACACUGGAACCUGCACAAGCGCAUUGCCCUGCGAGUGCUGCUCUGCGUAGGGGUGCGUCCUGCCCUUCUGAUGCUGGGCUUCAUGGGGGUGACAGCCUUCCUCUCCAUGUGGAUCAGCAACACGGCCACCACGGCCAUGAUGGUGCCCAUCGUGCAGGCAGUGCUGAAGCAGCUCAACGACCAGGCAGAGAUGCCUCAGAUCCUCAGCACUGUGGAGCAGGACCAGAACCAGAACCAGCCGGAACAGACAAACCCUGAGAGCAAACGGCCAGAGAAGCUGCCAGAAGGACCAGUGGUGGUGACCUUCCUGGACGCGUCCGCUGAGUUGGCGCGGCGUAAAGAGGCGGCAGAGAGACGGAAGAUGUGUAAAGGCAUGACGCUGUGUGUGUGCUACGCUGCCAGCAUUGGGGGCACUGCCACCCUCACUGGGACCGGCCCUAACCUGGUGCUCAUGGGACAGAUGAACCAGCUCUUUCCUGACAACGGAGACGUCAUCAAUUUCGCGUCCUGGUUUGGAUUCGCUUUCCCCAACAUGGUGUUCAUGCUCACCCUGGCUUGGCUCUGGCUGCAGUUAGUCUACAUGGGCUUCAACUUCAGGAAGACAUGGGGCUGUGGGUCGGUGAAGACCGAGAAGGAGAUCGCCGCGUACAACGUGAUCCAUGAGCAGUACCGUCAGCUGGGCCCCAUGUGCUUCGGGGAGCUCAGCGUCCUGGGCCUCUUCUCCCUCCUGGUGCUGCUGUGGUUCACCAGAGACCCAGGCUUCAUGCCCGGCUGGGCCACAAACGUCUUCAACUCCGAAGCCGAGUAUGUGUCGGAUGCCACCGUAGCAGUCUUCAUCGCUGUCCUCCUGUUCGUCCUGCCCUCCAGGCUCCCUCGCUUCUGCUUCUGGAGGUCUCGGGGCUUUGACAUAGAGCCCAGGCCACCGGCCGGCCCCACUCCUGCUCUGCUCACCUGGAAGGUGGCUCAGAAGAAGCUGCCCUGGAGUAUUGUGCUCCUUCUGGGGGGAGGUUUCGCCCUGGCCAAGGGCAGUGAGGUGUCGGGGCUGUCUAAGUGGAUGGGCGAUCAGAUGACUCCUCUGCACACUAUCCCUCCAUGGGCAAUAGCUAUCAUUCUAUGCCUACUGAUUGCCACGUUCACAGAGUGCACCAGUAAUGUGGCCACUGCCACUCUCUUCCUACCCGUCCUCGCCUCGAUGUCCCAGUCCAUUGGGAUGAAUCCUCUGUAUGUCAUGGUGCCCUGCACGCUCAGUGCGUCCUUUGCCUUUAUGCUCCCCGUGGCAACGCCGCCCAACGCUAUCGUCUUCUCCUUUGGCUACCUCAAGGUUUCUGACAUGGCAAAGACAGGGUUGGUCAUGAACAUCAUUGGGAUUCUGUGCAUUACUCUGGCCAUCAACAGCUGGGGCAAGGCUAUGUUCAACCUGGACACCUUCCCAUCCUGGGCCAACGUCACUGGGGUGUGAGCCUGGGCAGGACCAGACCCCUGGAACCUGCCCAGAGGGGCCCCGCCCUGCAACUCCCCCCACCCCCCCACCCCCCUUCCUCCAGGUCCAUAGGGUGCCAGGAACCCCCUACCUCUCCAGACAGAAAGCAAGCAAAGCCAGACUGU